CUCCAGUUCCCAACACUCUUUGCAGAGCGCAGGUCCCCCUAUCAGCAGACAGCAUUCUUGGGUAGCUUCUAGGUCCCAGGUGGCAGUGACACCUGCCCUGGGAUGGGCAAAGGGACUUGAGUCAAAGGGCUGAAUCUGGGAGCUGCCCACCAUGUCAGCUUUCCGCAAUACUCCUCCUCCUGGUGUAGCAUGGCUCCAGGAUGUUGUAGAGAAACCAGUUUCAGCCUGGAAGGCUGCUCAAAAAGGAGCGUGGCUUUCAGGGUGAAAAAGUUCCCCCACCUUUGCCGUAAGUUUGCAGCCUGGUGCUGGAGGUCUCAGCUGACGCCUUGAAUUCUCGGCCAAAGAAGCAAUGGUUAGCCUCCAGUUUUGGAAACUCUAGCUUCUUCACAGAUCUAGCUCCAACCAUAAGCAAAACAGACAGGCCCCCUUCAUGAAAAGGGCCAUAGCCCAGUGCUUUGUUUGCAGAAGGUCCCUGGUUCAAUCCCCAGCAUCUCCAAGGAAAAACUAGGAGGUGGCAGAAUUGGGGGCAGGAGGGAAGGCCUCUGUCUUGAAAAGCUACAACCAGUCAGAUUAGAUAACACAGUGUUAGAUGGUCCCAUAGUGUGACACCUCCUUCUAUCCUCCCUAUAGACUGGGUCAUCAGGGUAAUUCCUCUGUGCAAGAGCUGGCCAUCAAGGAGAGCCAAAGGCCCAUCUAGUGGCUAGUCACAUGCUUCUGGGAAUCCUACAAUCAGAGCGUGAGGGCAAUAGCCCUUUCCUGUUUUAGUGUCGCAGCAAGGGCUAAAAUCCAGGCUGUGUCACCAAUGCAAACCUAGUGGUAUUCCUAAACCGGUGACGGACUGGUUAAAAGCAGCCUGUCGGUAGACUGCUGGACAAGCGUCAAGGCGGUUGCUGCUGUAUUGCUACAUUAGCAGCAGGCGGGGAAAUGCAAAGAGCAGAACUUGCCUGAGGUGGCUGGGCGGACCUUUGCCUCCCCAGACGUUCACCAGCAAGCAUGAGGAUGAACAAAGGAUCAGUGUUGGCGUUGACUCUCAUUUGGCUGUUGGCAGCGAGGUCUCAGCCCCUCGAAGCGGGGGCCACCAAUGAACAGGCCAGCCCCGAAAAGCAGAAGUGUCCCAGCCUGUGUGGUUGCAGUUACGACGAACGCAAUGAUGAGCUGAGUGUCUACUGCAGCUUGCGAAACCUCACCAGCCUUCCCGAAGACGUGCCCAGGGCCGUGAGGAUGUUGUGGCUGGAGGGAAACAAUUUCACUUCUUUGCCAGCUCUUGCUUUCAGGAACCUCUCCAGCCUGGAAUUUCUCAACCUUCAGGGCAGCCACCUGUCAAGCAUCGAACAGCACGCCUUCCACGGCUUGGAGGAACUCUACUCCUUGCUCCUCCAACACAACCGGCUGAAGUCGCUGGCGCCCAACAUCUUCCUCCAUCUGCAGAACCUGGUUUCCCUACAUCUCAACAACAACCAGUUUAGCAAGAUUGAGGAAGGUGUAUUUGCUGGGCUCUCCAAUCUCUGGUACUUGAACCUCGGAUGGAACUCCCUGGUGGUCCUGCCGGACAAAGUGUUUCACGAUCUACCCAACCUGCGGGAGCUGAUCCUGGCUGGGAACAAGCUCCACUAUCUCCAACACCAGCUCUUCUACAGCCUCAGUGAGUUGAAAGAGCUGGACCUGAGUGGGAAUUCCCUGAAGGGCAUCAAGGGCAACAUCUUCACGAAGCUGCAGAAGCUGCAGAAGCUUUACCUCAGCCAGAACCAAAUCAACGCCAUCGCCCCACGGGCUUUCAUGGGCAUGAAGUCUCUGCGAUGGUUGGACUUGUCCCACAACCGCCUCACCAUGCUUUUUGAAGACACGUUUGCGGGCCUUUCAAGCCUGCAUGUGUUGCGCCUCUCCAACAAUUCCAUUGCCAGUCUGAGGCCAAGGACCUUCAAAGACCUCCAGUACUUGGAGGAGCUGCAGCUGGGGAACAACAAGCUCAGAAGCCUGCCGGAAAGGGCCUUUGACAAGCUGAGUCAACUGGAGGUUCUCACACUCAACAACAACCAUAUCCAAGAGAUCAGGGCUGGGGCUUUCCUUGGUCUUUCCAACAUGGCAGUGAUGAACCUCUCUGGGAACUGCCUUAGGACCCUCCCAGAUUUUACCUUCAGGGGACUCAGCCAGCUGAACAGCCUCCACUUGGAAAACAGCUGCCUCAGCAGGAUAAGGCCACAGAUGUUCUCCGACCUUUCCAGCCUCCGGAGGCUCUUCUUGAGACACAACGCUAUCUCAGAAAUGGAGGACCACAGCCUGAGCGAUUUGCACGAGCUCCUUGAUCUGGACCUCAGGCACAACCAGCUGAGCAGCCUCUCCCCAAACCAGUUUGCAGGCCUCCGGAACUUAGAGUACCUCCUCCUGUCCUCCAACCAACUGCUAGACAUCUCUCCUGAAGCCUUCACUCCACUUCUGCGCCUCUCCUGGCUUGACCUCUCCAGCAACUGUUUACAGGCCCUGGAGAGUGACAUCUUCCGCUCCUUCCCCAGGCUGGGAUAUCUGAACAUCGGGAACAAUUCACUCAGAACCUUCUCGGUGGAUUGGCUGAGCCCUUCGCUCGUCCAACUGUGGCUGGAAGGGAACAAGUGGCAAUGCAACUGCUCGCUGAAAGGACUUAGAAACUUUGCCCUGCAGCACCCCAGUGUUGUCUUGCGGUACACACAGUCCAUCACAGAAGGAGAUGCUCCUGUAUAUACUUAUAACAACAUCACUUGCCUUAGCCCCGGGGAGGUAGCAGGACUUGAUCUUCGGGACAUCCAAGACACCCAUUUUGCCGAUUGCUAAAUACUGGUACUUUUUACUUGGUUUCCCCUGCCCCCCCCAAAAAGCGCUUUCUGUAUAGUUGGUGUCAGCAUGCUCUUCUGGACCCCAUGAUUUGACUAAAUGCAUCUCUUGCAGGGGUGGCCCUCAGCCUGAUUUUAUACGGCCCUUGGGCCUUUGCAAGCGAUCAAUGAAGACUCCUGGCAAGAGAGGACUGUCCUUCCACUGGUGGGAAGAGAAGAGAGGGAGGUGACAGAAAGAAAGAAAAGAGGGUGGCUCCAUUUUAACUCUGUCCUUUCUCCACUACCAGUUUUGGCCCCACUCACAGCGGCCCCUGAUGGAUUGCCCCAAGGGAAGGCGUCCCUCAACAGAAAAAGGUUGCUCAAUGCUCAUCCCUGAUCUAUUGGGAAAGGGGGGGGGGAACGGUCCCACAUCUGUGCCUUUCAACACCCCCUUUCCCCUUACUUUCUAGACGCGCUAUCCCCUGGAAGGGGAAGCCUGUGGGGCGGGUGGGAAGAUUUUCAUAAGGUUUCCAUUUCAGCAGGCAGUCUCAGGUGUGGGUGGGUGUGUUUCCUCCCCCAGCACUAUUAGGACAGUUACAGGUAGGUAGCUGUGUUGGUCUGCCAUAGUCAAAACAAAAG